CCUCUCUUUCACCACCCGCUCGACGCGCGGGAAGGAACGGUCUUCGGUGACGAGGCUCUUAGGCUGUGCACGUGCCAAAGUGAAUAAGAGAAAGAGGAUAAAUUUCCCUGGCUCAGGAAAAGGCAGAGGCAAGGAACUGACUUCAAGAUGUUUAAGAAUAAUGUUAGUGACCACAAGCUAACCAUAAUUAAAAAUAUUAACACAAUUUCUUUGGAGCUGAAGAAGAUGAAAGAACUCUCCCAGUUACUGCUGUGUGAUCUUAUCCUACAUUUUAAUCGUCCUGUGAAGACAGAGGACUUACAGGAAACAGAAAACAGUUCCCUCUUUGAAGAGUCUAAAAUGUCAGAUGUAUCCCUUGCUCCUAACAGUUUUUCUGUCUGAUUUCUUAUUUGUUUGCUCUGAAUGGCUAAUUGUAUUUAUUAAUUGUAAAAUUAAAAAAAUAUCUGGAAGAAUUGAGUUGGUUUAUAUUUAGUGUAAUCUAAA